GCUAGAUCAGGUUAAGGUAGGACGCAUGGCACGCGCGUUGACGCGUUUAUCGAUUUCAAAAGUUAACUUUCAAAAAUUAAAAAUAUUAAUUCAAGUUUUCGCUGAUAAUGCUAGCAAGACGAUUAACACGCGUACUGAGUCAACGAUCGCACCUUCGAGAUCACUCUUUUUCUCGGAUAAUACGUGGGUAUAGCCUUGAUCAUGAAAAAAUUCAAUACUCGAUAAAAGAAAGCGAAAAUGUAGCCAAAAAGGAUCCAGAAAAGCCCGAAAAUGUUAUGUGGUUUUCCGCAAAGGAGAGAAAGGAAACUGAUUUCUCCUUCAUUAAUUUUUCUAAAUGGUUAGAGCAUAAAAUUGUCACAUAUCACAAACAUAACCAGAGAUUUAUACCGGAGAGACACGAAGUGUUGGGCACCGAUUUGGCCGCUGCUCAUUUUAUUGUAUUUCGCGGCGGCCGGGUAAAAUUCAAGGGUAACACUUAUUGGGUGAAAAAGGAUGAGAAAGGCUCGUAUGAUUUACCCAACAUAUAUGAUCAUCACUACAUCCUCGAGGCAGUGGAUGCCAGUAAAGUCAAUCUGUAUUAUGAAGGUCUUAGCAACUUGUGCGGUCUUAACAAACUCAAAUGGCUCAGUCUCAAAGACUCUGAGAACAUUGAUGACUGGGGCUUGGACAAAAUCUCGGCGGAAUUCCCGGAAUUGGAGUACUUGGAUAUUUCUGGUUGUAAAAAUAUCACUGAAAGAGGAUUGGAAUCAUUAUAUAGAAUGAUUAAUUUAAAGACACUGAUUGUAACAAAUCACUAUAAAUCUGUCGCAUUCGAGCUAACUUGUUUCAUGCUGGAGGAUUGUAUGCCCAAUUUGACUUGUGAAAUUUACAUACCUGAGACAUUGAUAGACUAAUGCUAAUAAACAAGACUAGAAUGGAAAGCUCAAGUGGCUCAGUUUCAAGAACUGUAAGAAACAUUGAUGACUGAAGCUUGAGCAAGAAUUUAGCGGAAACAUUGAAAUUGGAGCUCUUGGAUAUGCCGGAAAUGGCUAUGAGAGGAUCACUGAGAGAAGAUUGAAAUUAUUGAAUUAUAGAAUGUUUAGUUUAUACAUUGAUUGUAACAAAUCAUUAUAAUAUAUACUUGCAUUCAAGCUAAUUUGCUUUUGUUGGAGAAUUGCCCAACUUGAUUUGCGAAAUUUAUAUACCUGAAAGAUUGAAAAAGUAGUGUUAAUAAAAAAAUUAGA